UUUUGUGAACGAAUAUCUUUAAAAAAACGUGAGUAAUCAACGUGUAAAUUAUUAGUUUCUAUCAUAUGUUAACAAAAAUUACCCCGUAUUAAUUAAAAAUAAGAUUUUAGUCUAUUAUACAUUCAAAAUGGUGUUAGAUUUAGACUUGUUCCGUACUGACAAAGGCGGUGAUCCAAAUAAAAUUAAAGAAAUCCAAAAGAAGAGAUAUAAAGAUGUAGGUCUCGUCGAUACUGUAGUUGAAAAGGAUACCUUGUGGAGACAAUUAAGACAUAAAGCUGAUAAUUGGAAUAAACUGAAAAAUGUCUGCAGCAAAGCUAUCGGUGAGAAAAUGAAGAAAAAGGAACCGCAGGGUGAUGCAAGUCAAGAACUUCCACAAGAUCUGAUUUCAAACUUAGAGAAUCUUACUAUAGAACUAUUAAAACCCUUGACUGUUAAUCAAAUUAAGAAGGUCAGGACACUUAUAGAUGAAUCCGUUGUCAAAAAUGACAAUGAUCUCUUAGUAGCAGAAAAGGACCGUAAUUUUGCUCUUAAAGAAAUAGGAAAUCUGCUUCAUGAAUCUGUUCCAGUGGAUGAUAACGAAGAUAAUAACGUAGUUGAGAGAACAUAUGGAGACUAUACUUUGAAAAAAAAGUAUUCUCAUGUAGAUCUCAUUUGUAUGAUUGAUGGAAUGGAUGGUGAAAGAGGCACAACAGUAUCAGGUGGUCGAGGAUAUUAUCUUACGGGACCAGCAGUAUUUUUAGAACAAGCUCUUAUACAGCUAGCUCUCAGAACAUUAUUGAAAAAGGGCUAUAAGCCUUUGUAUACUCCUUUUUUUAUGAGAAAGGAUAUUAUGCAAGAAGUUGCCCAGUUAUCACAGUUUGAUGAAGAAUUGUACAAAGUAAUAGGAAAAGGUGAAAAUUCAGAAGACAAGAGCGUAGAGGAGAAAUAUUUAAUUGCCACCUCCGAACAACCGAUUGCAGCAUUCCAUAGAGACGAGUGGAUUCCAGAAAGUGCAUUACCGAUUAAAUACGCCGGAUUAUCAACAUGCUUUAGACAAGAGGUUGGUUCUCAUGGUAGAGAUACUCGAGGCAUUUUUAGAGUUCACCAGUUUGAGAAGGUCGAACAAUUCUGUUUGACUUCUCCCUUUGAUAACAAAUCCUGGGAAACCAUGGAGGAGAUGAUUACAAACGCUGAAGAAUUUUGCAAGGCCCUAGAAAUUCCAUAUCGCAUCGUCAAUAUUGUUUCUGGAGCUCUAAAUAAUGCUGCUGCUAAGAAAUUUGACUUGGAAGCCUGGUUUCCUGGAUCGGAAGCCUUUAGGGAGCUGGUCUCCUGCAGUAACUGCCUGGAUUACCAAGCAAGAAGACUAUUAGUCAGGUAUGGUCAAACAAAGAAGAUGAAUGCUACUACUGAUUAUGUCCAUAUGCUUAACGCAACGAUGUGCGCAACUACGAGAGUUAUUUGUGCUAUACUGGAGGUGCAUCAGACAGAAACUGGCAUUAAAAUUCCAGCAGCUUUGAAGCAGUUCUUGCCUGAAGAAUAUAGCGAGUUCAUACCGUUCGUCAAGCCCGCACCAAUCGACGUAGAAAAGGAGGCAAAGUCUAAGAAACAAGGAAAAAAGAAAGGACAGGGAGAAGAAUAAGCUAUUAAAAUGACGUUAAUAUGACAUAAAGGCAUUAAUAGGAAAAAUAAAUGAGAAUGCUGUUUUUAAUUUAUAAUUUUUGAUAAUUUUAUUUCCAAAUUUGUAAGCGAAAAUCUAUAAUAAAUAAAUUGAUUUUAAUUUAAA